UCAGGCAUCAAGCAUGAGAAUCUGCAUUUUAAAUGAGAAUUUUGAGGAAUUGUUUGAAAUACUAAAAGCUGAGUGGCAUCAUCCAAGAGAUUUGCUAAGGACAAUUUGAAAAACAUUGUUCCAGGGAUGCAGUUGCAUGAGGGUUUUUGUUUUGUUCUGUUUUGUUUUUCCUUCCUCAGCACUGUGGAGCAAAGCUUGUUCCUCUCCCACUUGCUGCCCAGAUUGAAUUGACCAAAGCAGUGGUUAUGGAGAAGCCUGGUCCCCUGCUGGUAGGGUGGGAAUUUGUGAGGUAGCAUUACACACUACUAAACAAGGUGCCAGACAUGAUAUACAGAUUGUAUGGAAAGAAACUCUUCUUAUGUCCAUAAGGGAUUGGAUUCAAAUGGAAAGCCAGCAUAUGCGAUCUAUGGACAGAAAGAAAUCCAUAGGGAAGUGAUGUCACAAAACCUCAUUAAUUGCUACACUAAGAUUCACCAUGUUGAUGCUCAUGCCCCUCUGAAUGAUGUGGUCCAUGUGAUGGGGUUGCUGUUUAAUAACAAAUAGGCUUUGAGGAGAUUCAUGCAGACAUUUUUCCUUGCUCCUGAGGACUCUGUUGCAAACAAGUUCUAUGUUCAUAGCGCCGUCUUCAGAUACCAAGAUGAGGUCUUUGGUGGCUUUGUCACUGAGCCUCACGAGGAAUCUGAGGGAGAAGCAGAGAAACCUGAAGAAAGACAGCAGACACCUGAGAUGGUACCUGAUUAUUCUGGAACUUUCUGUGAUCAGACGCUCAGCAAUGAUUUGGAAGAACAUUUAGAGGAACCUAUUGCUGAACCAGUGUCUGCUCCUGAACCAGAACUGAAGCAAAAACCUGAAUUUGAAAUCCAAGAGGAAAAGUGUGAGCCAGAAUUGGAGGUAACUGCUCCUGAGGAUGCUCAGAAGAAUUCUUCUCCAGCACCUGAAGACAUCACUCAGACAGAGCAGGGGACAUGUUCCUGGGCAUCUGUGACCAGUAAGAACCUUCUACCCAGCAGAGCUGUUCCAGUUACUGUGAUACCACCUCAUGUUGUUCAAGUACCAGCUCCACAGCCUUGCCCUGAAUCUAAGCCUGAAUCUCAGGUUCCAUAGCAGAGGGAUCAAAAAGUUCUGAACAACAAAUAAAUAUUCUUUUCCAGAGGGGUUGAACCCUGAAGAAUUGUGAGACACCCUGACAGCCACCGACUCUUCAUUGGCAAUCUGCCUCAUGAAGUGGACAAAUCAGAGCUUAAAUAUUUCUUUCAAAAUUAUGGGAAUGUGGCGGAGCUUUGCAUUAACAGCAGUUGGAAUUACCCAGUUUUGGUUUCGUGUGUUUGAUGAUUCUGAGCUUGUCCAAGAGGCCCUUAGCAACAGGCUCAUCAUGUUCAGAGGUGAGGCCCAUCAGAAUGUGGAAGAGAAGAAGACUUUAGCUGCCAGGGAAGGUGGACCGAUGAGAUAACCAUACACACACUCUAUACUCAUCAGGGAUUGUAACUUUUAACUCAAUGCCUCUCUGUAGUGGCAUUGUUCAGUUGAGAAAACAAGACUGAAGGAUAUACAGGCCCUCCAGGUGAGCUGGGUCAUGGAAUGAGAGGCCCUCGCUGGGAGGCAUGGUGUCAAAACCAGGAUUUGGAGUGGGAAGGGAAUUGCUCCAAGAUGGUGAAUUGGUCUUCACUGGUCUUCACACAGCAGUGCAAACCCCUGUUCCUGCAGAAUGGUGAAUUU